AUGGCUCUGUGGGGCUCUUGCUCAGAUUAUUUGAUAAAAGAUCUAAAACUAAUCCACCUCAGAGCAGCAAGACUUAUCCACAAACUACCAGGAGACAUCAGGGGCACCCAACGACUGUUUUCUGUAAAAUAUCUGUUCGGAGAAGCAAAUUUUGCCUAGAAUUUUCUACUGCUUGAAUAGGGCCAGAAAUUUCUAGAUGAGCGUUCCAUUCAGGUACAAUUUUCGAAGCUUAUCUAAAAAAUUCCCUACGAUUUUCGGAAGAUUAAUUUUUCAUAUUUUACUCCUUGUGUUUGGCUAAUUUUCGUAGAAAAAGUAAACCUAAAAGGUUCGGAUUCAAAAAUGUGAUGGAGAGAGGAAUAAGAAAAAGUCUCCCUUCCGUAAAACGCUCAAUUGCAUCUAAAAUUUUCGGAAUAAUAACACUGAAGCCCUUGUAAUUUCGAAAAGCCUCAAGGUCCCCUAGGAUGACCGAACAGAUACAAAUUUUAUAGCGCCACUUAGAAUGCAUUUCUAGGGAUCUAAAAGUACUCUGGAUAGCCUAAAAAGACUUUUCAAUGCAUUUAGGAGGAAACCGUCGUUGGGUACCCCUGAGACAUGGAAGACGAAACAGUACUCAUAAAUGCAAGUUGGAUGCCAUUAAAAUAUUUUUAUUGCUCUCGUAUUCUAAAUAUAACGCAAAGAGCUUUUUAUAAUUUAGAGUUAGGUGAUAUAAAUAGUUUAGUUGUUAAGAACGCUUCUUCUUAUAGUCUUAGGAAAUCGUUAAAUGUUGUUCUAUCUAGGCCAAGAACCGAACAGGGUCGUCGUUCAUUUAAACACAGAGGUGCAAUUGCCUGGAACUCUUUACCUGACACUAUCAAACAGCUUGAAAACCCUCAUCACUCUUUUAAAAGAAAGUUAAAAUCGAUCAAGACCUAUGUUAGGGACAUCAGUUUUCAAAAAAGAUGCUCAGUAAAUUACAAUAAGAAACCUGAAUUUAUAUAUUUUUAA